GUCAAUAACUUAUUCGAACCGCAUAUUGUACAAAAAUAUAGUGAAGUCGUGGCUAGACGUCGGCCAUGUAUUAUUUUUACUUAAUAUUCCUACUAAAUGUCAGGGGAAUCUUCGGGUUCGGUUUAUUCAGUUUUGAUCACGGUUACAGACAUAUUACCAAGCUACGCACUUACAACGCUACAAUACUUCGCAACGACGAAUAUCGAUGGAUCGAACAGCGUUUGGAUCACUUCGACCCAAACGAGAAAAGAACUUGGAAAAUGAGAUACGUCGAAAACUUGGACUAUUGGAAGCCCAACGGUCCUAUCUAUGUAUUCGUUGGCGGUCAAUAUGCAAUUUCUGACGAAAUACCUAUCAGGUAUGGGUAUCUCCAUGAACUGCAAAGGGAAACAAAUGGGGCACUCAUCUAUUCAGAGCAUAGAUAUUACGGCGAAAGUAUACCUUUGGACAUUCACGUAACAGACAACUUGAAAUAUUUAAGUUCUCACCAAGCUUUGGCAGACUUAGCGCACCUUAUCAAAACUAUAAAGUCAUCUUCCACGUUUGAGACAUCCAAAGUGGUUUUCAUUGGAGGAUCGUACGCUGGAAAUUUGGUUGCCUGGAUGAAACUAAAGUACCCCAAUUUAGUUGAUGUAGCUGUAGCCAGCAGUGCACCAGUCUUAGCUAAAGUAGAUUUCUUUGAAUAUUUAGAAAAAGUUUCCGAGGACUAUCAAAAACUAGGACCCAGUGGUUGUCUUGAAAAGAUCACCGAAAUAUUUCAAAGAUACGAACAAUUAUUAAAAACUGCUGACGGCAUCGAACAACUCAAAAAAGAAGAGAAUAUUUGUGGUGACACCGAUAUGACCAAGCUUGAAAAUAAACAAAUGUUCUUUAUGGUUAAAAUUUCCAUAUUUCAAAUGAGAGCACAAUACGGUACCCCAGAUGUUAUAGUAGAUCACUGUCACCAAAUAAUGGACUCUAGUACUCCCUAUUUGAAAAGGUUGUAUGAUGAUGAACCGAAGUUAUUUCGAAAAUAUCGUAACUGUAUUCAUUACGAUUAUAACAUUUUUAUAAAUAUAAUAAAAACGGGGUCCUUGGUUCCUUGGUUUUACCAACUAUGUACUGAGUUCGGAUAUUUUCAGACAACAACUUCUGCCAAACAACCGUUUACAAAUAACGUUCCAGUGAAUUUCUACUACAAUGUAUGUACCGGAUUAUUUGGAUCAGAAUUUGAUGAAAAAAGAGUUAAAAGGGGAGUGGAAUAUACGAAUAAUUUUUAUGGAGGAUUGAGUCCUAAUGUCACAAUGGUUGUUUUCGUCAACGGUGACAAAGACCCGUGGAGUAGGCUUGGGAUCGUUAAUGAUCUUUCUAGUGACGCUCCAGCAAUAGUGAUACCAAAAGCGUUUAACUGCGAAGACCUGCUGAUGGAUGAGCCUAGUGAUUCAGAUGAAUUAAUUGCCGCAAGAAAGAAUAUUAAGAAGUUGGUUAAGAAGUGGAUAGGAUUCGGUGCCUGAUAAUAAUACAUUAAUAAUACAUAAUUUUGCAAUCAUAGACGGUUGUAAUCCAUAUAAAUAUUAUUAUUAAAUCAAAGUAAUGUUUGUAUAUAACAAUGUUAUAUGGUCUUAAGGCCCAAAGUCCUUUUAAAAUCCAAAUCCCAUUGUUUAACUAUUGUGUCUGGAAAUCCGGGCCUUACGAGGAUAUAAUAAAACUUCUAUAUUAAUAUAGAUAUUAUGAAUUUGA